AAAUUAGCGAUUACUAUUUCAUAACUUCCAUUACGUCAAGAAUGCACCGUACAUACGUAAUUAGUCAAUUUCAACGGAUAGGAAAAAUAUAUACUGAACACAGGCAGGCGGUGGAACCUGUUGACCGUCGUAUUUUGCAGAGGUCACUUACAGAAUUUCAAUUUCCAUCAAGUUAAUAUGCCUCUGUCUCAUGCUGAGGAAAUAAUACUUUGCAUUCUUUUUGCCAUUAUAUUCAUCGCUAACAUUGUAGGAAAUGUAUUCGUAUGUGCGAUCGUGCUUAAAACUAAGAAGUUGCAGAACUUUACUAAUAUUCUGAUAGUCAACAUGGCUGUUGGAGAUGUCAUCGUUGGAGUGAUCGGCGUGAUGCAUAUAAUUCUGGAAGUUUUGGUUCUCAUCAGUUCAGGAAACGAAUUCACUCUUCUUUGCGGAGUCUUAAAUGGAAUCGUGUUGUUUAGUGCGUCAAUUUCCAUCUACACCAUGGCUGUGUUGGCUUACGAUCGAUACUUAAGCGUCGUUAAACCGAUGGAAAGGCGGACACGACUUACAAAAGGUAAACUCAAAUACAUUUUUGCAGUCAUAUGGGCUUUCUCGUUUGCCAUUCUCGUUCCAUGUUUGUAUUUUAUCCAAAACUACGAGUUUAGAACAGAACAGACAGAACAACUUAUCUGUUGGAAUACGCUACCGCAGAGAGAAUUUCCUCUUGCUUACAGGAUAACUCUUUUCACGCUAAUGUAUUUCACACCGAUGUUUAUAACUCUAUAUUUUUUUGGAAAAAUCUUUAUUCAUCUUUGGAUACGUAAACACAGCGAAAAAAGUCCAUCAACAAACCAAGUGCUUCUACAAUCGCGACAGCGAGUCACAAAAAUUCUUGGCAGUGUUAUUCUGCUUUUCAAUAUAUGUUGGCUUCCAUGGUUUGUUUUCUGUUCCUUUGGGGUACUCGAGCAUUCUCAAGUACUGGAAUCAGGCCUGGCGCUGUUGGCUGUCACGCAUUCUACUGUGAACCCUUUCGUGUACUCGUUUCAAAGUAGUAAUUUCCGACGGCACAUUCGAAGAAUUACGAAAAGGAAACACCAAGUGGAGAAAGAGAAAGAACUCAGAAACUUAGCGGCGAAAAACUCAGCGGCAGUGAAACACACUGGGCUCAAUAUGGCAUUUGACACGCAUCUCUGAUAUUACUUAGCUUAUUUACUGGAAUAAACUUCGUAUUGCGCCUUUUUGAAACAUUUUAUCCCGAGGAAAGACCACUGUACUCGCAGACUGACCUUAAAGAAGUGUAGAAGUGACUUUUUUGUUUAACUUUUAUUAAAACUUAUCGACACUUAAGGUACCUUUGCUUUCUAUUUUGAAUUCCCCAUUUUCACAUUGCCCGCAUACAAAGCGUUGUUAACACCACCGACAUUCUGCAUAACAGUCGUCCCAAGAUAAAUAGAAGGUAAUGUUUACAGUGUUUAUGCAAAAAUUUGGGUAGCCUGCAUAACAGACGCCUUAUAUGAGCCAAGCGACGCGAACGCUGCAUUUUGCGCGAAGCGCGAGACGAGGAGAGGAGAAAAAAAAUAAAGCGCCUGCGUUUCGUUUAUCUCGAAAUGUUCCAGGACUAAAAGAAAAACAAAAGAAAUGUUUAAAUUUAUUGCUUAAGAGGAAAGAUGUUCUUGGAUUGCUUCCAACUAGGUUAGAAAAAAGCCUGA